AUGACCUCUCCAUUCCAAUCAACCAAACUUGACCUUAGAGGCAGGACACAAGUCGCAAAAUUAUCAAGUACCAUGAGACUGUACUGAUGGGGUUUAAAGCUAAAACCCUAAUAAAGUCCCCAAACCACAAAACCCCCAGAAGGCUGCACUUCGAAAAUGGCGACCUACAUGGCUGCACUAUCCAGAAGGCUGUCUCACUCUCUCCUAUCAAACCCUAAAUCCGCUCUUCAGAGUCAUCAGUUUCCCACUCCCUUCUGCACCAGCACAACCCACCUCACAUCGGACAAAGAAGGCUCCGACUUGGAAGAUCCCCCAUCCUUAUCGUCCGACUCCGAAUCGCUCUCCCCCGAGCCUACUUCGACCAAGGAUGCGAUUAAGAACCACGGUUUCAAGGAGCCGCAGCUGGAGAAUGGCCUCGACAUGGGCAUUUAUAAGGCGAUAGUGGUGGGGCGAGUGGGGCAGAAGCCAAUUCAGAAGAGACUGAAAAGUGGGUUAACAUUGACGAUGUUCUCAGUCGGGACUGGAGGGAUGCGCAACAAUCGACGGCCAUUGGAGAACGAGAGCCCGCAGGAGUUUGCGGAGCGCAGUUCCAUCCAGUGGCAUCGGGUUUGUGUUUAUCCCGAGAGGCUGGGUGAUGUUGUGAUGAAGCAUGCGGUUCCCGGUUCAAUUCUAUAUCUGGAAGGAAAUCUGGAGUCCAAAAUCUUCACUGAUCCAAUAACUGGUAUCGUCCGCCGAAUAAGAGAAGUUUCUAUUCGCCGGAAUUGUCGUAUUGUCUUUUUGAGUAAAGGUGGCGAUUCCCAGGAACCAGUAGAACCACAAAUAAACGGUGUUCGCUAUUAAUAAUUGCCUCUUUUCUUCAUGGUGUUGUGUUUUUUUUUUGGCAGCUUCUAAGUAUUUUCAUCAAAAACCAAACUUUACUUCUUAAAGUCCAUUGCUGAUAUUGUAUAAAACGGUUGAGAUGGAGGAGCAAUCCUGUGCGUCAAUGCUUCCCAUGUCAUGAUUUAGGAAGUACGGAAGUAAUGCUGGUUUAUAUGCCUUUGUAAUGUUGAUGAAUUUAAGCCUUCCCAAUACAGGGUCUUUUGGCUUCUGACAUCAAGGUAGAGAUGAAAGUGAAAUGAAAAAAUUUGUAACCAAAAUUAUUCCACAAGAUACCAAAACUUUUUCAUGUUUGGAACU